CUCCGACGUCGCCUGCGCUCCUCGGCUCUUCCGCAGCUCCGCUCCUACGCUCGUUCCGCCCGUAUGCUGGUUCGCAUCUCCGCUCCUCGCUCCGAAGCUCUGCCCCUCCCCUGCGGCCAUCUUCCUCCACAGAGGAGGAGGAAUUUCGGUCUUACCUUGAGGUGUUAUUUUCAGUUCAUCCCGCACGUAUGGACGGGAAUACGCCUUAGGGCAGUGCCUCGCACGCUUCCGGAUAAGAUCAAAUCUUUAUUGGAAUAUUUGCGUCUAUUUGAACUAGUUGUUGUAAACAUUGUUUUUUUUUGGGUACCUGGAGGUGAAUCCUGAGGAAAGCAAGAGAGGGUAAACCUUCCCAAUGUCUAGGGAAAUCAGAUCUAUGAGGGAAAGCCUUCCCAAUGUCCUCGACAGCUAUAAAAUUUCUAAGCCACUCUUUGCUUUUAUCUUGCUGCUCUUCGAUGCCAUCUUAGUUGCCCUAAUCAUCUCCUAUGUCCCAUAUACGAAGAUAGAUUGGGAUGCAUAUAUGUCCCAGGUAGAGGGGUUUCUUGACGGAGAGAGGGACUACACUAAUCUAAAAGGGGACACAGGGCCUUUGGUAUAUCCAGCUGGAUUUCUCUAUGUAUACUCCAUUAUCCAGUUUAUAACUGGUGGUCAGGUCUAUCUUGCUCAGGUUUUGUUUGGCAUUUUGUACAUUGUUAAUCUGGGCAUUGUUUUCUUCAUAUACUUGAAGACUGAUGUGCUUCCAUGGUGGGCUCUUGGUUUACUUUGUUUGUCAAAGAGACUUCAUUCUAUAUUUGUGCUUCGUCUAUUUAACGACUGUUUUGCGAUGAUGCUGCUUCAUACUUCAGUGGCUUUGCUUCUUCUAGAACAUUGGUACCUGGCCAUGAUUAUUUUCAGUGCUGCUGUGUCAAUCAAGAUGAACGUUCUUCUUUAUGCUCCUCCUUUAUUUCUGCUCAUGUUGAAGGGUAUGAGCAUUAAAGGUGUUUUCUUUGCCUUGUUAGGAGCUGCAUCAUUGCAGAUUCUUUUGGGCUUGCCUUUCUUGUUAUUUCAUCCAAUUGCGUACAUUUCAAGAGCCUUCAAUCUUGGACGUGUCUUCAUCCAUUUCUGGUCAGUCAAUUUCAAAUUUGUACCAGACAAUGUUUUUGUAUCCAAGGAGUUUGCCAGUGCCUUGCUGCUUCUUCAUCUUACAUUGCUUCUAGUGUUUGCUCACUAUAGAUGGUCCAAGCAUGAAGGAGGAUUAAUCAAUCUCGUGAAAUCCAGAUUAAGUAAUGCUGUAUUAGAAUCCUCAACCAUUCAGCAAUUUUUCUCUCGCAAGUCCAGAUUCAAAACUCCCAGUGGAGAACAUAUUGUGACAGUUAUGUUUGUCGGCAACUUCAUCGGCAUUGUGUGUGCUCGGUCUUUGCAUUACCAAUUCUAUUCGUGGUACUUCUACUCUUUGCCUUUUCUUCUGUGGAAGACACCGUAUCUUACUCCUCUACGGCUUAUUCUCUUUUUUGGCAUCGAGGUCUGCUGGAACAUUUAUCCGUCAAACUUCUAUUCUUCCAUGUUAUUACUCUUUCUACAUCUGUGUAUUUUAUGGGGCCUUUGGAUUUCCCCAAGUGAGUAUCCCUAUGUUGAGGAAAGAACUUCGCAGGGAAAAGAAGAAUGAACCAUGUUUUCUGGGUCUCCAAUUAACUAAUCGUAUGAGAGGUCUCAUUUAACUUUUGAUUAUACAGGUAAGCCAUGUGUUUUGCUUUUCACUAUUUGUGUAUUUAAGUGACAAAACUUAUGCUUUCUUUGUACUUUAGACGGUCUUUAGUUGUAAAAGAACGAUGUGUUGAUUUUUGGAGAAGUCGGAACCUUUCCAAGUGAAGUUGAAAUCUCAGUCCUGAUCACGAGUAUUACUAAGAAAAGAAAAUUUAGAACAGCUGAAGUCUCAGUGUGCCAUUUAGAAAGUUAGUUGGAUAAUGCUGUGCUUACAAACUUCAUAACAGUUUGCAAACCAUUGUUAUGACUGUUGACUUAAUUUGUUGGUUUUUGUGAAUUA